UAGAUUUCUGCAGCACUCAUCAAAACUCUGCGGCAUGCAGACAGGAGCUGGGGGGGAGGGCAGUUACUAGGUCUGUGCUGAGUGUACGGCUGCUGCCUCUCUUCGUCUGUUUCUGUUAUUAGAUAGUCUGCAGUGGUGUUUUGAAGCUUUUAGGUAGACCUCUUGAAUUGCCUCUCCUCUGCACGGUGGUACAGUAGAGCUCUCUAUCUCUCUCUCGCUCCCUCUCUCUGCUGUCUGGCAAAUUGUUUCAACCCGGUGCUUAUUGCAUAAGGGCGCAUUUAGUAGAGGUCCAAACUUUUAUGACAAAAUGGCCAAGGAUGGAGAAAAAAGCGAAUGGAAGGAGUUUAUAUGGAACCCGAGGACGAGGGAGUUUCUGGGCAGGACGGCGAGCAGCUGGGGUCUGAUUCUUCUCUUCUAUGUAGUUUUCUACAUCUUCCUGGCCGGUUUGUUUACACUCACCAUGUAUGUCAUGCUGCAGACCUUGGACGACCACAAACCAACCUGGCAAGAUAGGCUCACCACACCAGGCAUGGUGAUUAGACCCAAAGCAGAUGAGACCUAUGAGAUUGUCUACAACAUCCACAAGACUGAGAGCUGGGACAUGUACACUGAGACCCUGGACAAGUUCCUGACACCCUACAACAACUCCAUCCAGGCCCAGAAAAACGAUGAGUGCACCCCAGACCAGUACUUCAAGCAGGAUGACAGCGGCGACGUGAAGAACAACCCCAAGCGCUCCUGUCAGUUCAACCGCACCAUACUGGAGGACUGCUCUGGAAUCGAAGACCGUUACUAUGGAUACCAAUCGGGCAAGCCAUGCAUCAUCAUCAAGCUGAAUCGGGUGAUUGGGAUGUUGCCAGGAAAGAAUGGACAGGCUCCGUAUGUCACCUGUGGUGCAAAGAAAUACAAAAUUGGCAAAGAUGAAUGGACAGACGAUGCUGACAAAAUUGGAGAGUUGAUGUACUUCCCUCCAAAUGGCUCUUUCAACCUCAUGUACUACCCUUACUAUGGCAAGAAAGCUCAGGUGAACUACUCUCAGCCUUUGGUUGCCGUCAAGUUCCUUAACAUUACUGUCAAUCAAGAUGUCAACAUCGAGUGCAAGAUCAACGCCAACAACAUUCCCACUGGAAGUGAAAGAGACAAGUUUGCUGGAAGAGUGUCUUUCAAGCUGAGGAUCAACACUAACAACUAGGUUGACCUUUUCCUCUCUUGAAAACUACUUUCUUCAUUCUCUGCAACAUUGCACAUACACAGAAAAAAAUUGCAGUAUUCACACCCUUUGUAGGAUUUGUUUACAACUCCCAAAGUUUUGGGGAAAUUGUCCAGUCGCGUUAUGAGACGAGGUGAGGAUAAAAGGGUGGUAAUCCUGUCAUUAUUUCUGUCUGUGGGCUUUGGGACAAAUUCUUUCCUGUACAUUAGUUUGAGGUGAUGUCUAUUUAUACUGCAUGACAAACUAGGGAAUAUAAAGGAUGUGAACAUGUGUUUUCAAAGUUUGCAAGGAUCAGCAACAUUACCACUUUAUUGCUGCUCCCCUCCUGCUGCCUCCUUAUAGAGAAUCCCUCUAUAUAUGAAUAUACACAGAUUACAAUACAAAAUGUGUAUAUCUACAGUAUUUAUACGUUAUCAUAACCUUAUGUCAGUACAUCUACUUUGUUGCACUUAAAAGAAUACUCCAACAGACUUGUGUAUAUCUUGAUGGAUGGAUGCAGAGAAGAAGCCAUUUUGCAUGUGUGUAUUGUCUUUUGUGUGCUUUGAGGGCAGGAGGCCCCUUUGUCCCACCUCUCUGCUAAGUGUGAAAUAAGGUUAUGUUAAACCACUGACCACCAGGAGGGACCGCACUCGUAUCCUCAAAAACCUCACGCACAGCAAGUGUGUGUUUCGAAAACAACAUACAGUAAGUUAGGAAUCUCCAAAAAAAAAUGGGAGUAACAGUAGAGGUCCAAACCUUUAAGAGUGUGUUUGUGUAUGUGUAUGUGUGUGUGUGAGUGUGUGUGUGUGUGUGUGUGUGUGCGUGUGUUUAUGCAUGUGUGUUCCAUUCACAGUUCCCAUCUCAUACUGUAGGUCGGGAAAUUGCAUGCAAUGUGCAAUAUUCAUUAAGUGACAAACAUUAUGAAUGCUUGAGUCCAUUCUUCAGAUGAGAGGACUCCUAUUAAACGAUAAUUAUUUUGGAUCAUCACACUGGUUGUUUGACCUGAGAGCAGCUUUAAAAAAAAAAAACAGACAUGAGUAUUUGGUAGUUGCUGGGAAUGGUCAUAUCAACACCACUGAUGCCAAAUGAACUAUGAGCCAGUAUAUCAAUCAUGUUUCAGACAUCGUGACAACAUUACCUUAAGUUAGCAAACACAUGAGUGUUUUAGCCCCCAGAACUCCCACUCAGUUAGUGGUGAAACAGAACUUUAGCUCCCUGGCUCCCAGACUACAAUUAUCAGCAAACCAACAACCAUCUCAAAAUCAUGUGAAAACAGGCUGCACAACAACGUUACACUCCCUGUCAUUGUCAAUCAUUUUAUUCCUAAAGUUACCCCAGGAGCAAUUUUCUUGUGUCUCAAUUUUUAAUUAAUUUAAACAUGAAUAUUUAGAGGGUUUUUUGUGUGUGUUGCAUCUAUUUCAUAUGUAUCAGAAAUAGAUGCCAUUGUCAUAUUUUGUAUUGUUUUGCACUGGAAGUGUGCUUCUUUUCUUCUUUUUUUUUUGAGAAGCUGAGUUGAAUUAACUAACAUAUGUACAGUAUUGGAGGAAAAGGAUGUAGGAAGUUUGUGUUUGUUCCCUUCGUUUCAUUCAUACUCGUUAUCAUCCUCUUAAAAUAUUCAUACAGGAUAUCAAAAUGUAUAGUUUACAUCUUCUUUUAAAGGUGACUAGAGACUUGACUAUGUGAAUUGUUAGUGGGUCAGAGUUCUGUUUUAGAGGCCUGGAGAUUUGCUUCUACAUGGAAAAGGAUAUUUUCUCCAUUUGAUUUAUUUAUUUUUUGUUGUUGUAGUAUUCUCCACUGUUGUGUGAAUCAGGCUGACGGCAAAGCCAUCUUGAUAACUAGACAACCAGUUUGAGCAACCAACCUCUUUAAAAUUCAUAAAUUAUGCCUGAGUUUGGUGCUGGAACUGUUCACUUAAGGUGCAUUCACAGGCCCACAAACACCUGCAUAUAUUUGUGGUAGAAAUCUGUGGAGUCACACUUUUUAACAUUACAUAGGCACAGCUACAAAACUGUACCAAUGCCAUGUCAUCACAGCUAAUGUGGAACACAAGCAUCUGUUCACUCACAUUAAGGUCUGGCUCGACGCCACUGCUUAAUUUCUCUCCCAGCAGUGUGUUUCUCAAUAUGCACACAGACAUCUCACAGUGGUCUAACAAAGACCUCAUGAUCAAAUCCGUUUUGACAAAGAAAAAAAGAGACAAUUGGAUCUAAUGUGAUUAUCUGAUCUAUAGCUGAGGGGUUAUUCAUAAAGGUGGAUGUGCCCUAACAUUCAUCUGACGCUCUUGUUUUUGCUUUUUGUGAGAGUCCACACUGACCACUUCACAUGCAUUUCUCCUCUGGCAUUCCUACAACACUUACUUAAUUUCACUGUAAUCUCUUAAUCUGGUCGGCUAAUCCAGAGCAGGCACGCUGAACUUCUUUACCCUACUUUGUCGCUCCUCCUCCUCCUUGUGUCAGUUGCUUGAGUCGCUAUCAUCGUCUUCAAGUUGGAUAAAGCAAGGUUCAUUCCUUUCUCUUUUUUUUUUUUUUUUUAGUGCAUUCAGUCCUAUUUCCCCAUUCAUUAUUAAAUUCAGUGAAACCCUUUUAAAUCACAACUCAGCAAAUAAAAAAUGUUUUGCUUCAUCACCUUAUUGGACAUACUUGUUUUACUUAUGUGCAUGCGAAGAUUUGCUCUUCAACCAAAGAUCUUCAUGACAGUUUAAAUUUUAUUUAUAUUGCUGCUCUGACACAUCCUCAGCAGCAGAUCUUAGUAAGGAUCUCAUGCAGGCAUACUGUAGGAUCCAGGUGGAGGGCAACAGAUCCUGUGUUAUUUAAAAGGCCUACUCUUAUGUAAUAAUAAUAAUGAUGAUGAUAAUAAUAAUAAUAAUAAAAAUAAUACGCACAAAAGGAACACAUUUCACUACAACAUAACAGUGCCUCCUGGUGGACAGACUGUGUUGUUCCCCAGUGUCACAGAAUGUUAUUUCCUGUUGUCUCCAUUUAUCCAUUUUUUUCUGUGAUAAUUUGGAGAUGUCCUCAAAAAGCAAUAUAUUAAUUUCUUUUGUGGCUGUAUGAUGUAUUUAUUGGAAAGGCUGUAACAAAAUUAGUGCGACAUGUAUCAUCAAGAGCAAAGAAAAAGGAAAGAACAUAUAGAAAAUGCAUUCAGGCAAAUUUGCCAGUGUGUAUUACCACGAUGGAACGAUAUACAAAGUAUUGUUUUGUUUAUAAAAGAGUAUUUUUAUUGCUAUUUUGUUGUAAAGAGGAGAGAAUGUAUUAGCUUGGAUUGUAUCAUGUCAUGGGAGCUACCUGGUAGGUUUUCAUCAUUUAAUUCAACAAAUGGCAAAAUGUUAACAGCUUGGUUGGAAAAUGUUUUUUGUUUUUUAUGUAGAAACAUUUUUUGUCAUUGUUUGAGUCCUUUCUACUUCCUUCAAUUGAGCUCAAAGAGGCUUGCAAUGAAAGUUCUCUGAACACUGGGGUCUGUUGUAUCAGAAUUAAGACAGAUUAAUUAAAUGUGCUAAGUAAAUGAGAACGAACAUUGCUGUCAGAGAACUUUCAAGUGUAGACACCUUCAUAAAAAAUUCUCAGAACAAAACAGCACCCAUAGUAAAUGUCAGAGUCAGCUAUUUGUGUUUGUAAUUAGUAAUUUCAAGAAACCUUACCCCCAUCCACUCCUCUCACCUUGCAUCAUAUUAUUGCCUAAGACUGUGGUGUUCAAGAAAGGAACCAUGAAAUUUGUUGAAAUACUCUCACCCAAAAAAAUUAUAAUUCUAUUCUGGAUCUUUAUUUUUUGCUCUUACUGUAUGUAUAUUUUUGCUCAUGUUUACUGCAAACCAAGAUAGAGAAAUAAAUAAAUGUCAUUUAAGGGAA